GUUCUCCAUUUCCCUUUUGGAAUUGCCGUUGCGCUUUUCUUUGUCCAAACUACUUAUGGAAGACUCGUUGGUGUUUCACCACGAACAGUUGGCAGAUUCGGUUUUAUUUACCAAUAGUACUGCCAUAUUUAUUUUAGUUGCUUUUGUUGUUUCUUGGAGUGCAGACUGCAAUCAAUUGUUGCAAAUUAUAGGAGAUUUGUCUCAACAUUGUCAAGUAAGAGGUUGGAAACAAGAUUACGUUCAGUUCCACAUAUUCCAUGCGGAUAAUGAGUUGGAUAAGUUGCCAAACGACAUACCUUUUUUUCCCAUCAUUUUUUUCUGUUUAGGAAAGAUAGAGUCCAGAGUUUGUCAUAAAUAUGGCGCAGUUUAUUCCUCGGAAAAUCUAUCCUUUUUGGUGUUUUCUCGAUUGAUCAAAGCUUGCCCUGAAUGCUCCAUUCGAUUGGAAUCCGUUGAAAGUUCACAUGAAGCUAUUUCCUUUUUGAAAAAUCGCUCGUCCCGUUUUCCUUAUCAACAAGUCGCUGUAAUGGUUCCCAGUCAACACAAAUCACGAAUAGAUGAAUAUACAAAGUUGUUCAAACAACUUGCCGAAGAAUUGGUUUAUAUCGACUUUUUUAUCUUUUCUCUAGCGAAUGGAGACAAUGAUAUGGUUCAGAUGAUAUUUUCAGAUUCUCAUUUUGAAGGUGAAUACAAAAGUUGGCGCUCAAUGCCUUUAGAAGAUGCCGUAGAUCUCGUCACUUGGAAGUCCACUCCAAAGUUCUUGCGUUGGACUGGUUCUCCUUACUCUCCUUUUGCUCCAAUUACCCCGGAAACUUAUAAUAAUGCAUCAAAGGACGAAUGGUUUCACUUGGUGGUGAUUCCUAACCGCAAUGAUCCACAAGUACUUGACUAUGAAUCCUUGUUGUGGGAACUUUCUAUGGAACAUUGUAAGAAUAUUUCGCUGCAUUCCUAUCGUCGUUCGUGUCGUUAUUAUUCCAUGUCUUAUUCUUCUUUUGCACCGUUUUUGAAAGGUUUAGGUGUUUCGUUUCCUGAAGAAGCCAACGAGAAUCAUUCGCGUUGGAACUCAAUAGGAUCAUCGGAACAAGCACAGAUGAUUGUUAUCGACCGUCAAAAAGAAGUAUGGAUGAGACUGCCACUUUAUGUAUUGGAAGAUGUUUCCCUUAUCAAUAAUAUUUAUUCAGCCAUGGAGAAUCUUGGCCAAGUUUCUGGUGACGCUACUAGGCAAGUGUCAUCCCGUGUUUUAUCAACUUAUUCAAGAGUAUCAAAACAACUACUCUCCAGUAUGAGUCAAGAAUAUGGGAAAGAAAAACAAACGGUGAUGAGGCCACAAAUCACAACCCAUUCUUUUCUAUAUACUUUACAAGGACCAGCACAUUUAGAGCAGUUACGGAAAGCAAAUACCCAAACUGUCCAUAUAGUCAUUUUUUAUGUUCCUUGGUGCAUCUUUUGUCAACAAGCUCUGCCUGCUUAUUCAUAUAUUGCAAACCAUAUAGAUCAGAAGUUACUUCGGGUAUAUCAGUAUGAUUGUCAGCAAUAUAGGAUUCCUCAACAAUGGGACAGUUGGAUUGAUGGCUUCCCAACCGUUUUCGUAUUUUCUUCCAAAUACUUUAAAAAGCCUGCAAUCUAUGAAGGGCCUCACACGAUAGAAGCAAUAACAAACUAUCUUCAAAAACGUUGUCUCAACAAAACGCUGCCAUUAUUUUAAGACUCUUUGUUAUAUAAUCUGUCCGGAUGAAGGAAGGUGUGAUUC